AUGUUCACGUGGUGGAUCUCCUGGACUUGGGCAUGGGUGCUGUGGUCUUCCUGGGCGCACUUGACUGUGAAUGCAAUGUGGGCUGCGGGCAUUAUCCAGCAGGAGGUUGGGGCGGGAAGAAACGUGACUGCUGUAGGUACGAAGAAAGAGGUUCAACUUGGCCCAGGCAUGGGAGGCUCAGCCGUGCAAACUCUUGGUAGAGAAGGGGCACAGCACUUUGCUACCCAGCCCACGCCCCAGACUGCUGUAGUGGGCUCCACAGCUGUUCUUCCCUGUAGAGUGAUCAACAAAGUGGGGCACCUCCAGUGGACCAAGGAUGGUUUUGGACUUGGUACCGAGCGAGAUCUUUUUGGCUUCUCCCGAUACGCCAUGAUUGGUUCUGACGACGAAGGAGACUUCAGCCUGAAGAUACAGCCGGUGUUGUUGGAGGAUGACUCGCUGUACCAGUGUCAAGUGAGUGCCAGUGAUGGAGUACCUGGCAUCAGGUCCCACCCAGCGCGUCUCACUGUGUAUGUCCCACCUGACCCGCCUCGGGUCAAGCCUCCCAUUCUGCGAGCAACAGCCGGGAUGACUGUUACCCUCGAGUGUGAGAGCCGUGGAGGACGACCCCCGCCAGAGAUUCAGUGGGUUGACGACAACCGCCGUGAGAACAUAAGGACAGGCGCCGUGCUGGCCACGGAGGCCAUGCCAGAUGGGAAGAGAGUCACUGUCCGCUCCCGUCUCUCCUUCACACCACGACGGUCACACCACAACUCCACUGUCACCUGUCUCACCUCCAACCAGGCCCUCACCUCCCCCCUCACCAGUUCGAUCCAACUGAGUGUUCUCUUCCCUCCUGAAGUUCGUCUACACGUCCGCCCUCAGCAGCUGAUCGAGGGAGAUGAUGCUACCUUUAUAUGCAGUGCCUUAGCCAACCCCAGCAUCAUUACCUACAGAUGGUAUCACAACAGCCAGGAGCUGCAGAACGAAACCUCAAGAACUCUUACAUUGUAUAAGAUCUCCAGAAACUUACACCAAGAUGCUAUAUCAUGUGAGGUAUCGAACAAGGUGGGCACGUCGAGGAAGACACAGAGCGUGCACGUGCAGUACGGUCCAAUGUUCCGUGCCCUACCUCGAGACGUCAUGGCUGAGACCGGAAAGGAGGUCGUUCUCAAGUGCGACGUCGACUCUAACCCUCCAGCAACCAUUGUAUGGCUCCAGGAGGGAUCCGACAAGAUCAUCGGAACAGGGCGAGAGCUGGUAGUGGUGGUGGGUUCUUCUACUGCCGGUGUGUACACCUGCGUGGCCACCGUCAGGGGCUUCCCUGACUUGCGGGGGCGGCUGAGAGUAUUGGUGAAAGGCCCUCCGACCAUCGUGAGUGCUGGGGAGCAGCAGGGAAGGAUGGGAGACACGGUAACCCUGGAGUGUAGCACCGUCUCCAUCCCCAGUCCUAUACGUAUCACCUGGACCUACAACGGCAGGGAGAUUGACCUCAGUGACCCUCACUAUGAGGUGGUUGAGGACGAACAGGAGGAGGGUCUGAGGAACAUCCUGGUGAUCCACGAUGCUGACACUCAGGACUUCGGUGCAUACAACUGUUCCGUUGUCAACGAGUACGGAGUCGCCAGGAAGCAGAUCAGACUCAACGAGGAGAAAACGGUGCCGGUACUGCUGCUGGUGGGUGGUGUGGUGGCACUGGUGGUCGUGGCUGUGGUUGUAGCAUCCCUCGUACUCUGCAACAAGCGGCACUCCACAAUUAAAGAACGGAGCCAACGCUUACGUGGCAGUGUUUAUGAUUACCUCGGGCGUCGUACCGUGAGGUUUAGCAAAGGGUCACCAGUACCAGAGAAGCCUCUGGCCCUGACUGAUGUCCCUGGCCCUCCUGUGGCUAAUAUGUACUCCGUGCCGUCAGACAGUAAGCUCUCAGAACUGACACCCACCACCACACCUACACACCAACCUUAUGAUGAGAUCACGCCCACAGACGAGACUAAAGUUGGGGUUGCCCAAGCCUUCAACAGAUUGAGUGGAGAUUCUGGCCAAACCUUCAUACCAGACCCAGAUAGCGAAGGAGGACGAGGUUACGUUCCCUUCGUGGACUACCAUGGGAGAGACUACGCCCCAGUAGCUAAUGGGCGGCGGGCCUCCUACAGUGAUUUGGGGCCUUAUUCCAACCCGGCUCCUCCCACAUCAGUGUCGUCAGCCUUGCCAGACUUCUGCACCAUCAGACGAGGCACUAGAGGACACGACCUAGCAGUUGAGAACGGCAUGAACGUACUGGGUACAACUAACUACCAGGACACAUCAACGUUGAGAAGCAACAGUAGUGCCCAAAUCCUCUCCCACCACUCUCCCUAUUCCACUGUCCGCUCUCCACCACCGCCUCCUUACCAAAAGAAUUUCAAAAUAGGAUCCCCACGAGGAGUCACAUCCCCCACAGUCACCACAUCCUUAACCCUCUCAAACUCUGUGGUUCACACCGACGAGCAUGGGUCCCCAGAAGCCAAAUAUAUCUUCUCACCUGAGGCUAUGAUGAAGCCUGGCACUCUAGUGUGACACUAGCCCCCUUCCUUCCUUAUCUGUGUGUGUGUGCUGAGACACUAGUGGGAGCUGGGAUCUCAUGUAGGCCUGUGAGGGGAAUUGCUCUAUUUACCUCCUAUCAUUUACACAGCAUUCUGAAAACCUUAACACAGGUUUUAAGGUAGAUCAUGUAAGCUCUUCAUUUAGCAUCCACAGGUGAGGUGUUAAGGCGACAUUUUCACCUGCAUAUGGACAACACCUUUAACAAGAUCCCACAUUUCCUGUUUCAGUCUUCAUAUUCUCCUUCAUUUCCGAGAGGGCUCCAACUUCUAUUCCAUUUCUUUGUAGUCUUCACCUCCUCUUCCAUUUCAUUUUGGAGUCUGCAUCUCCUCUUCCACUUCUUCGUCGAGUCACUAAUGCGCAUAAGUCUCCUUAGAGUUCAUCGAAUUUUUACCUCAAUUAAAUCUGAACAACCUCGAGUUAUCAGCUGCUCUUUGGGAGCUCCAUCAGUUUUGUGGAGUCAUAACUGCUGCUGAGGAAUCUCCAUAAUAAUAAUAAUAAUAAUAAUAAUAAUAAUAAUAAUAAUAAUAAUAAUAAUAAUAAUAAUAAUAAUAAUAAUAACAAUAAAAUAGAAUUACUACUACUACUAAUAAUAAUAAUUAUAUUAAUAAUAAUUAUAAUUAUAAAAAUUAUAACAACAAAAAUUAUUACAAUAAAUUAAAAAAAAGUACUCUAACUGCUAAACACGAUUUUGUUAAAAAAAACCAUAACAUAUUGCUAAUUAAUGCUUUGAGAAUAUUGAAAAUAACUAAAGAGGUCUAUUAGGUUUAUAUAACACAUUUGUUGUGCCAAUCUUACUGCUAAAGAUUUAAUGGUUUGACCCUAAUAAUAGUUAUAUUCAAAGUCUUUUAUAAACACAGCUUGGAGGUGAGUGGGGUGCAUCUUUAUGACUAAAGAUUUUACAGUGCAAUUAUUCCAACACACUGAAUUACCUGAGAAAUAUUUGCUAGAGAUUUGGAGAAAGACAGAACUUACUGGUUACAUCUCCUUGCGAAUCUGCGAAUAAUUCCUGCAUCUUGUUUGAUUCAACAUCUGUAAGAUAAGGCAUUAAACACGAAUACUGGUUAUUUCAAACUGAAUCUCUUUGUAAAUGAACACACCGAUAAUUUUUUGAACUUAAAGCAUGGAUUAGAGUAAAAUUUCUAGUAUGUUUGAAAUUAUAAUUGUUACCUGAUCUUAAGUUUUAAAAUGUUUAUCCAUGUAUAGCAUGUAUUACCAGUGCCUGAUGUCGUUUCCUCCUAUAAGUCUCUAUAAGCAAGGGUCUCGUUAUUGAGUAAAGAUAAUUUAGGUUCUGAAUGCUUAAAUCGUCAUUUUCAUGUUUUUAUAUUUGGUAUCGUGCGCUCUUAGUGUGUCAUUUUUUACACAGUUUUAUGAAACUUACGCGUUAGAUUUAUCCUCGAUUUACGAUGAUCCGUGCUAAAAUUUACAUAUUUUAUAUCUGGAACUCUUGCCAAACUUCAUAAUUUGAUGUGUUUAAAUAUUUUACUCAGGAUAUCAUACCGCUAUCAUUCCCGUGAUACUUAUAAUAAUAAUAAUAAUAAUAAUAAUAAUAAUAAUAAUAAUAAUAAUAAUAAUAAUAAUAAUAUAAUAUCUUUAUUUCUACAAGUACAUGUACAAGGUAUACAGACCAUAGCUGACAUCAGUUACAUAUUACCAUAUAGAAAGCCACUCGUUAUGCAGAGCAUUUCCGGAAAAUUAGGUCAGGUUUGUCCCAGGAUGCGACCCACACAAGUCGACUAACACCCAGGUACCCAUUUUACUGAUGCGUGAACAUAGACAACCGGUGUAAAGAAUCACGCCCAGUGUUUCUACCCUCUCUGGGAGUCGAACCCAGACAUCGCCGUGUGAAGCGAGAGCUUUAGCCACCAGCCUAAUGUGUCUCAAGUGGGUAAACAUGUGGGCACGCCAGGCACUUUGCAUAACACUCUGCAUUCGAAUCUUAAGGAAGUCCUUGAUAAAUGAACUUAGUGGAGCUAAAGCUGUGAUUUCACUGUGCAUUAUAAUACAUGCAUUAAAUAUUCAGAAGAGUGAACGUGGGCUCGAAUCAAGGUCGGUAAACUGACAGUCCGACGCUCGACCGUCUACACUAACCCAGGCCUUUAAUACGAAAAAAUAGGAGGUGGGGAAAGAACAAAUCUACUGAUAAAGCUCCUGGUCCGAGGGAAGGAAUUCAGUUGGUUUAUAGUUGGUGCCUAUGACGGAAUAUAAUACAGUAUUAUUUCCGAUUCCUUCGUAUUAGAGGACCGGGUUAUUCAACAAGGUGUUUGUGGUCUGAAGGAGGAGUGUUGAUAUGCUGUAGUGUUUUUUGUAAGUGUAAAUUAUUUACACAUCUGGCAAGACAGUAAUGGAAUGAAUUAUGAUAAAAGUGUUUCUUUAUUUUUCAGGUCACCCGGCCUAGGUGGGAAACGGUC